CACACCAGUUGCCAGCCGCAGGGUGGCGCAGGGUGCCGAGAGAGCACCUUCAAAGCCAUGCAUUGCUCAGCCAGAAGAGCAGCAGCGCUUUGCUGCUGCGGGAUAGCCGUGUCAUCGGGUCUUUUGACCCCGGAUCUCUUACCUGAGACCGAACUGAUCACAAAUUGCUACAACUUUCCCGAGGAAAAUUUUCACAAGGGAAAUUCCAUCAGGGACAUCUAUGGGACUAGCCCCCACCUCGUCCGUGACCUCGGGUCUCCGGCGGUGGACUUCACGUUGCACGACCUGGAUGGUAACCGAUGGAAUCUUGGCGAGGUGUUGGCAGCAGGAGCGGGGAAGCCGGUAGUCAUGAUUUUUGGCAUGUGGACAUGCCCAGCGUUCCAGGGACUUGACGCCGCCGAGGGAUCAGGCAACACAUGGGCCUAUUGGCAUGAACAUAAUCUGGUAGAACAGUACGGGGACAAAGCGAUUUUUGUCCACAUCUACGGGCCAGAGCCGCAUCCUCAGCCCCCGGACCUCAACUUCGAUUCGGGCAGUUUUGCGCCGAAUGCUUGGAGCGUUUACCGGCAGCCGGUGAUGUAUGACGUCCGAGUUGAAAAGGCGAAGAAAAUUCGCAGCAUCACUCAUCCGGAUGAGGUUGUCCUUCCAGACUACCUCACGGGCAACCCUUACAGCUCGCUUAACCAGCCAGUUUGGUGCACUUACGCCAACGGGGCCCGCCCAUCCGUCAUGGUAUCCUCUAGCGGGUCAAUAUUUUACCAGCAAGAGUGGAUGAGCACGGAAGGGCUGGAAAACGCCAUCGACGGCUACUGGGAACAGGACGGAGCCGGGACUUGGGACGACGGCGAGGGAGCUUCACCGGUUUUGAAUCCCAGGGCCCAGCCGGGCAGAAAGCAACCCAACGCCAGGAAAGCCGGCCGAACAAACCGCCCCUGAAGAAACGCCGUGUCUAGCACAAGAAUGUCGACGAGAGGGAGUGCGGGACGUUGUGAUGUGAGGGUCUUGUCUUGUCUUCUCUCCCGCGAAUGCGCUGAAGAGGGUUGACCCUGUGGUGUGCGGAUCAUCCUGAGCGCUAAUUGGAUGAUGAAAAGCGCUGUGACGACGGAACGCGUUUUCGUCCUGUCGUAGUCACGAGAUCAUCUGUUCAACACUCCAAUGACACCGUAGGCUUUACUUUAGUUUCGAAUCACGACCCCAGCUAGGUCAACCUACUACUACUGCUGUAGAGAGAAAGGGAAAGUUGACCUUGUUGCUUCUGACAUGUCCAGAGGAUAGUAGACAUGUGGAAAGACGCUGCUUUUCCAAACCGUCCUUUGUGAGUCCGAUCGGUGAGAGAGACGAGGUUGAUAUCGUAACAGAAAUCGGUGUACAGUCGUGGCUCCGAUACCGGAAAGUCGAGGGCCUGUGUCACCCCACAAUUUUAUGUCGACGCCACGACUGUCCGGAAGUGCGUCGUUUGGUUUCAUUCAGGGUUAUUUUUGGUGGUUUGCGUGCAUCAGGUCGGGGAAAGCCCGUUCGUGUUGAUAGUCGUUGUAUUUUGUUUUGCUGCUCUCCCGUUUUGUUGAUUCUCCUGCGGCCUGACCUACACCCACCGCGUAUGAUGAUGCGGGUUCGAUUCCAUUUAUGGUUGAUUAUGAUGAAGUGCCCUGCUCAUGCAGGGCUGCCUCCAAUCCGAGGUCGGCUUUCCUUGAUCCUUUGAACGGAUUGGAAUUUGGUGUGUGACGACGUGACCAGUUGUAUACGACAACAUUUCCGAACAAAGGCUGCCGCCGACGCGGCCUCUUGGAGUGCUUAUUUCCGGCUGCUUCGUUUUGGCGGCUUCAUUGGUGGGACACAUACGUUGUUCGGCGCGGAUGUCGGAAAGCGAUUGACGUUGUUGUGGAGCAUUCGCCGAAGUAAACGUAGGCUAGGCGCGCUGGCGAGGGCCACGAAUCUCGUGGUCGUGGAAUUGUUGAGCUCAGAGAAUUCAGCUGCGGAAAAGGAGAGCGAAAAGGCAGACUCGAAAGAUGUUUGUCUCGAGUAUGCUGGUGAAGGCAGAUUCAAGACAAAAUGCUUCCGUUCGGCACCGGGGUGUCGCCUAGAUUGAAAUUCCUUGGGUACGGUUUGAAGACAAGAUCGAGAGAAGGCACCGCCGCGAUUUAUUUCUCGUAGAUUUUGAUCGGCCGCGGUCAAAACGCGGUCACGAAUUCGGAUUGGAAUUGAAGAGGGUUUCGAGUUUGUUGGGCCAUCAUUGUUGUGAAUCGCAUGUCGGUUCGAGUUCACGUCGUGCGUACUGCUCCUGGAUUGUCACGACGGAUACAUGUAUGGACUCGACUACUGUCCCGUCGUUCCUCUCGAUCAUACGGAAGAGGAAGGCGUGGUGACGGAAUUUUUAGAACUUUUAGUCGGGAUUUCGCAGAACAAGCUAUACUGAACAAAUCCAGAUAAAUCUGCGUGUAUCUUUCAUCUGAGUUGUGCGUUAGUAUGAGGCCUCCUAUUCAGGCGACUAAAAGCCUUCAACUGUCAGUGUUGAGGUUUUGCGACCAUCCGAAUCGAAGUAUCUCGCAGCUGCUUUC